AUGAAUCAUAACGUUUUAGAUUCAAAGGAUUUUUCUGAUUUGUCUAUUGAUGACAAUAAUGAUGUUGUGUUAGACUCAGAUAAUGACGGUGUUCAUGAUUGGCAAAAUGAGAACAACACCGCUUCUUCUCAAUUUUCGUAUAGAGAAAAUAAUCAAUUGAUUGAACAUGGCUCAAAACAAGUGGCACUAUCAGAAAAUAGAAGAAAUUCUGCAAUUUUUGAGCAACCUGUACAAUCUACUAAUUGUUCAUCUGGUAAUAGCGCAAAAUUCCAGCCUCCUUCAAGGAAAUUAUCUUCUAGUGCGUCGCAAAGUUCGCCAAUUGUUCCUAAAAAAAGUUGGCUGGAUAAGACAACUUCCCAAGAUUUUAGGAAAAAUAGCAAUCAAAAUAAUUCUCCUUCUUAUAAAAUGGGGAUGUUGGCAGACGAUGCUGCAAAACAAUUUUUGCAAGAUCCUUCUCCUGAAUUGGUAGAAUUGUAUUCAAAUGUUCAGAAAUGUAGGGAUAUAAGAUCAAAGUAUUUAAAUUUAUCAAAACAAUAUUAUAAUCAGAAUCCUAAAAAUCAGCAAGACUGGAAAAUUUAUCCUCCUCCACCAAAACCUUCAUACAAUUCAGAGACGAAAACCGUAAUAACAGUUUUCAAUCAACCUGAUACAAAAACUUUUAAUUUCGAGGAUUGUGAAAUACCCGGUGAAGACACUGAUUGGGAAUUCACUACAAAUAAGGAUGAUACCUUCAUUGUUAGAAAAGUUGGCACCGAGGAUCAACUCAUAGCAAAUAUCCCAUCUCUUAGAGACUAUUACUUAGACUUAGAGACAAUGGUAACAAUCUCAUCAGAUGGUCCAGCAAAAUCAUUUGCUUUUAGAAGAUUACAAUAUCUAGAGGCUCGUUGGAAUCUUUAUUAUUUGUUAAAUGAAUAUCAGGAAACAACAGUCUCUAAAAAAAAUCCUCACAGGGACUUCUACAAUGUAAGAAAAGUCGAUACUCACGUACACCAUUCUGCUUGUAUGAACCAAAAACAUUUACUUCGUUUCAUUAAACACAAAUUGAGAACAGAGAAAGAUGAUAAAGUAAUUUAUAGAGAUGGGAAAGUCUUAUCAUUGGAAGAAGUAUUCAAUUCUUUGAAUUUGUCUGGUUACGACUUGUCAAUUGAUACUUUAGAUAUGCACGCCCAUAAGGACACAUUUCAUAGAUUUGAUAAAUUUAAUUUAAAAUAUAAUCCAAUAGGUGAAUCUCGUUUGAGAGAAAUAUUUCUGAAGACUGAUAAUUACAUCUAUGGUUCUUAUUUAUCCGAAAUUACUAAACAAGUAAUGUCAGAUUUGGAAAAUUCAAAAUAUCAAAAUUGUGAAUACAGAAUUUCAAUUUAUGGUAGGUCCAUAGAUGAGUGGGAUAAACUUGCAAGUUGGGUUAUUGACAACAAGGUAUUCUCUCAUAAUGUCCGUUGGUUGGUUCAAGUGCCAAGAUUAUAUGACAUUUAUAAAAAAACAGGGACCGUAGCUUCUUUCCAGGAUAUUUGUAAGAAUCUCUUCCAACCUUUGUUUGAAGUGACAAAAAACCCAAAAUCUCAUCCAAAAUUACACGUAUUUUUACAAAGGGUUAUUGGUUUUGAUUCUGUCGAUGAUGAAUCAAAAGUUGAUAGAAGAAUUCACAAGAAAUAUCCAAUCCCUUCAUUAUGGACUGCAAGUCAAAAUCCUCCUUACUCAUAUUAUCUGUAUUAUAUAUAUUCUAACGUGGCAUCAUUAAACCAAUGGAGGGCAAAGAGAGGGUUCAAUACUUUUGUAUUGAGGCCACAUUGUGGUGAAGCCGGUGAUCCAGAACAUUUAGUGGCAUCAUACAUUGUGGCUGAGGGUAUAUCACAUGGUAUUUUAUUAAGAAAAGUUCCAUUUGUUCAAUAUCUGUAUUAUUUAGAUCAGGUUGGUAUUGCAAUGUCACCUUUGUCCAACAAUGCCUUAUUUUUAACAUAUGAUAAGAAUCCAUUCCCUCAUUAUUUCAAGAGAGGUUUAAAUGUAUCCUUAUCAACUGAUGAUCCAUUACAAUUCUCAUACACAAGAGAACCAUUGAUUGAAGAAUAUUCUGUUGCUGCCCAAAUUUACAAACUGUCGAACGUUGAUAUGUGUGAAUUGGCUAGGAAUUCUGUCAUACAAAGUGGUUGGGAAGCUCAAAUCAAAGAGCACUGGAUUGGUAAAAACUUCGAAGCUCCUGGUAUAGAAGGUAACGAUGUAGUUAAAACAAAUGUUCCAGACAUAAGAGUCAAUUACAGAUGUGAUACAUUGGCUACUGAGUUGGAACUUGUUAAUCAUUUCGCCAACUUUAGUACGAGUCCAUAG